GGAAACUCGGGCGAGUAUCUCCAACUGAAUGCCGCCGGCGGUUCUGCUCGAGACGUAAAUCAUGGACCCGGACUCUAAUGAUUAUAUGUACAUAGAUGCUCACUGCCACUUGUCUGCGGGAGAAUUCAAUGAGGAUAUUGGAGAUGUGAUUGAAAGAGCAAAACAGGUUGGAGUGAGAGCUGCCCUUGUCGUUGCUGAACAUCAGGGAGAAUUUAGCCGAAUCCUGGAGCUCAGUCAGCAAUAUGCAGGCUUCAUCAUGCCAUGCCUGGGCAUUCACCCAGUCCAGGGUGAUCCUACCAAGGAGCAGAGAGGUGUGCGUCAUUCCGACCUUGAGGGCGCUGUUGAAUUCAUUGAGGCUCACAGUGAUGAGCUAGUAGCCAUCGGUGAGGUGGGACUGGAUUUCACACCUCGUUUUGUUAAAACCGACCAGGAGAAACAGGAACAACGAGAAGUUCUGAUCAGACAGAUUGAGCUUGCCAAGAGGUUACAUCUGCCUUUAAAUGUCCACUCAAGAUCAGCUGGAAGACCAACAAUAAGUCUGUUGAAAGAACACGGUGCAGAACAUGUCUUACUGCAUGCUUUCGAUGGCAAGCCAUCCAAUGCCAUGUUAGGUGUCGAGUGUGGCUAUUACUUCUCGAUACCGCCCUCUAUUGUCAGAAGUGAGCAGAAGCAGAAACUUGUGAAACACCUGCCUCUGGACAGAAUCCUUCUGGAGACUGACUCCCCAGCACUUGCUGCCGAGAAACAGACGCGAAAUGAACCCAAGAACAUCUCCAUCAGCUGUGAGUACAUUGCCAAAAUAAAGAAUGUGUCCUCAGAGGAAGUCAUGCGGAUCACUGCUGAGAAUGCCCUGAGAUUAUUCCCAAAGCUUAGCCAGCUGAUACGCAGGUGAUGGAGUAUGGAAACCAAAAGUUAGGGAAUAACUGCAAGGACACACCAACAAUUUUAUCCCGGAGUUGCAAUGGAGCCAAUAUUUGAAUGCAUCAAUUUUUCCCUUUUUUUCUGAUUUGUCUCUCUGCAAUUACACAAAAUGAUACUUAAGCCAAAGCACCACGUGUAGACGUAAUUAUGAAAUUUCAUUAUAUUGAAGCAUGCUUUAUUUUAUAAUAAAAAAAUAUAUAUGUUUAACU